AUGACAAAUGGUCACAUGACACAAGGGGAUCCAGUCUCCUCUGCGACUAGUGUUUGGCUGCGGCACGGCAAUGUGAAACCAGAUGUUUACAUCGAGGCAGCCCAGUGGAGCAUCGUGCCAGGAGGAGAAGGAGGGGGGAGCCAGUGCCGGGAGGCAGACUGGAAGAAGACUUCAUCCAUGGCCUUGAGGAAUGCAGCUAGAGCGGUAGACUCUGAACAGGAACUGAGACAGGAAGGCACGAGAUCCAUCUGCUUACUGGAGCAGAAAAGAAAGGUUGUCUCGUCCAACAUUGAUGUCCCACAAGCAAGGAAAUAUGAAGUGGAGUUAGACAUGGAUAAGGUGACAGCCGCCAUGGUCCUGACCAGCCUUUCUACUAGCCCUCUGGUUCGCAGUCCACCAAUUCGACUUACUGAUGUAAAUGAAUGUUGGAAAGACGCCGGCUAUGUUCCUUCCAGCUCCAGCAGCAGUGGUUAUUGGAGCUGGAAUACCACCAGUGACUACUCCAAUCCAUCCACACCAUCACCACCAUUAUCUGCUGAUCAUUUCAAGAACUUCCGAUGCACGGUUCAUCCUGAGGACAACCCUGAUGAAACAGAUUCUGGGAACCUAUUUUUUGAAGAUCCCGUUCCAAGAAAAAGAAAGAACUCAAUGAAAGUGAUGUUCAAAUGUCUUUGGAAGAAGUGUGGGAAAAUACUGAGCACUGCAGCAGGAAUCAAGAAGCACAUCAGGAACAUUCAUCUUGGGCGUACUGGGGAAUCAGAUGACUGUGAUGGAGAAGAAGACUUUUACUAUACAGAGAUCAGGCUCAACAAUGACACUGAAGGACUGUGUAGCCUCUCGUCGGUAUCUCCGUCUUUCGCGUCACCUCCCUCUACAGUACUUUUUCCAAGUAAUGGAAGUUGUGAAUAUCGCAAGACAGAGACCAAACUGAACGGCCGUCUGAGCAGAUCUGCCCCCAACACCUUCUACCUAGUACAGUCCGACCAUGCUUACCAGAGAGGGGAGGGGAGCUCUGCUGGUCUAGCAGGGACUAGAGUCAGUGGGGAGGGGAGCUCUGUUGGUCUAGAAGAGACUGGAGUCAGUGGGGAGGGGAGCUCUGUUGGUCUAGAAGAGACUGGAGUCAGUGGGGAGGGGAGCUCUGUUGGUCUAGAAGAGACUGGAGUCAGUGGGGAGGGGAGGUCUGUUGGUCUAGAAGAGACUGGAGUCAGUGGGGAGGGGAGCUCUGUUGGUCUAGAAGAGACUGGAGUCAGUGGGGAGGGGAGCUCUGUUGGUCUAGAAAAGACUGGAGUCAGUGGGGAGGGGAGCUCUGUUGGUCUAGAAGAGACUGGAGUCAGUGGGGAGGGGAGCUCUGUUGGUCUAGAAGAGACUGGAGUCAGUGGGGAGGGGAGCUCUGUUGGUCUAGAAGAGACUGGAGUCAGUGGGAGGGGUGCUCGGAGCUGGACCUGGAAUACUUUGGACAGAAAACCACGUGGCGAAGGCAAGAAAUGCCGCAAAGUGUAUGGAAUGGAGAACAGAGACAAGUGGUGCACGGCCUGCCGCUGGAAGAAAGCUUGUCAGAGAUUCCCUGACUGA